CGUUUUAGCUUCUGUCCAUCCAGGAAAAACACACUGGAAACUGUUCUCCUGUUGCUGUGACGAGUCCAAGGCACAAGUGGCAGUCAUAUUUGCCAACCUUAUAAUCGAGACCAGGGAACAGUUUUCUUUGAAAGGACCUUCUUAACAUGUUACCUCAGCACGUGAAGCAAAUCAGAGUUCUAAUGCUUAACGAAAAGGAAAAUUUAGAGAGGACUCUGUUCAGGCUUGAACAAGGUUUUGAACUGCAGUUCCGCCUGGGUCCGAGUCUUCAGGGCAGGAAGGUCACAGUGCACACCAACUACCCACUUGAAGGACAGCGGUUUGAACGAAACAAAUUCCAUGUUUUGCCGUGGAACUUCCCAACAGGAAGCGAGGAUGACUCUGAUAAGUUCUGCUCUUUGGACCUUAAGAUAGCUGGGUCCUAUCAGUACUACUUUGACUCUGGAGAGACAGAACGGUCAGGAGGUGGAUACAUUGUGGUUGACCCUGUUCUUCGUGUUGGAGCAGACAACCAUGUCCUGCCGUUAGAUUGCAUCACAAUCCAGACCUACCUGGCCAAAUGUCUGGGACACUUGGAUGACUGGCCAGAUAGACUAAGAGUAGCCAAGGAGUCAGGGUACACCAUGGUACACUUCACUCCUCUGCAGACUCUAGGAAAGUCCAGGUCCUGUUACUCUUUAGCUGACCAGCUGGCCUUCAGCCCUGAGUUUAGUCCAGAGGGACGGAACUACACCUGGGUAGAGGUGGGGGCGCUGGUGGAGAAGUUCAGGAAAGAAUGGAACAUGCUCUGUAUUACGGAUGUGGUGUAUAAUCAUACUGCUGCUAACAGUGUGUGGAUAAGAAAACAUCCUGAGUGUGGUUACAACCUGGUGAACUCUCCUCAUCUGCGUCCAGCCUGGGUCUUAGACAGGGCUCUCUGGCAUUUAACCACCAGAAUAGCAGAAGGCCGCUACAAGGCUAAAGGUCUUCCGCUUAUUACCACUGAGAGCCAUCUGAAUGCCAUCCGUAGUGUGCUGUCGCAGGAUGUGUUUCCUCAAAUCAAGCUGUGGGAGUUCUACCAGGUCAAAGUGGAGAAUGCUGUGGAGCAGUUCAGAAUCCUACUUCAAGAUGGCACCAAGCCAGAUCAUAGUAAGACUGGAGGAAAGCAGGGUCUCCGAAUAAUCCAGGACCCUCAAUACCAUCGUUAUGGGAACACAGUGGACAUGGACUCUGUUCUGGCGACAUUUGUACCUCACAGCUUCUCCCCACAGCACAUCGAGGAGUGCUGUGAUUUGCUGAGACAGAAGCUAGUUGAGAUGAAUGAAGAACAGUACCGCAUCAUACAGCAUCAUCAGGAGCAGGCUGUCAACUGCGUAGUGGGAAACGUAGUGUACGAGCGUCUGGCUGACCACGGUCCCAAACUGGGUCCUGUUACCGAGAAGAACCCUCUGGUUAUCAGGUAUUUCACCUUCCCAUAUCAGGACAUGACUCUGCAGCAGGAGUUGCAGCUGCUGGACCAGCCAGACAAGAUGUGUCACUUCCUGGCUCACAACGGUUGGGUGAUGGGUGACGAUCCACUGCGCAACUUUGCUGAGCCAGGCUCUAAUGUGUACCUGCGCCGGGAGCUCAUCUGCUGGGGUGACAGUGUCAAACUCCGCUAUGGUAGUGGACCUGAAGACUGUCCAUACCUGUGGGCCCAUAUGCAGAAAUACACUGAAAUCACAGCCAAAUAUUUCCAUGGAGUCAGACUGGAUAACUGCCACUCUACACCGUUACAUGUAGCUGAGUUUAUGCUGGACGCGGCCAGAACAGUGCGUCCUAACCUGUAUGUGGUGGCUGAACUGUUCACUGGCAGUGAGGAGCUGGAUAAUAUCUUCGUUACCAAACUAGGGAUCUCAUCACUGAUACGAGAGGCCAUGUCAGCUGGUGACAGCCACGAAGAGGGCCGACUGGUCUAUCGUUAUGGUGGUGAGCCAGUGGGAGCCUUUGUUCAGCCCAGUCUGCGUCCGCUGAUGCCCUCCAUUGCCCAUGCCAUGUUCCUCGAUGUAACCCAUGACAACGAGUGUCCCAUACAGCUGAGGUCAGCGCUGGACUCUCUGCCCAGCUCUGCUAUUGUCUCCAUGGCCUGCUGUGCUACUGGCUCCACCAGAGGAUAUGAUGAAUUAGUGCCACACCAGAUCUCUGUGGUGAAGGAGGAGCGUUUAUACCCCAAGUGGAACCCGGAGGCACUCCCCACCUCCCCUGGUGAGGUUGGAUUUCAAACUGGCAUCAUAGCUGGGAAGCUGGCACUCAACAAGCUGCACCAGGAACUGGCUGCACAAGGAUUCAUACAGGUGUAUGUCGACCAGGUUGAUGCAGAUAUUGUGGCAAUUACUCGUCACUGUCCCAACACCCACCAGUCUGUGGUGGCAGUGUGCAGGACAGCCUUCUGGAACCCCAAAACCCACAAGUACAACGCAAACGUCCCUCCCAUGUUCAUACCUGGGAAGAUAGAGGAAGUGGUACUGGAGGCAAGGACAGUGGAAAGGAAUGCUGGGGGUUAUAAGAAGGAUGACAACUACAUCAACGGCAUGCCAGAAUAUACUGUGGAAAUAAAAGAGCAUAUACCAUUACAGGAGAGUACAGUGGUGAAACAAGCUGGAGUGACAUCUAAAGGUCGAUCGGAGUUUGUGCAAGAAAUCACCUUUCAGAAGUUGACACCUGGCAGCGUCAUUGCCUUCAGGGUUAGUUUGGACCCCAAGGCCCAGAAGUUAGUCGGGGUCCUGAGACAUUUUCUGUCCCAGUUCAGCCCAAAGUACAGGAGAGGCAGCGCUCCAGAUGAAAACCCACCAGAAAUACUGCUGAAGCCACUGGCACAGCUGAUGUCCAAGCUGACAUUAGCAGACCUGAAUAUCCUGCUGUUUCGCUGUGACUCAGAAGAGCGAGAAGAUGGUGGAGGUUGUUACAAUAUCCCAGGAUGGGAGAGCCUCAAAUAUGCUGGACUACAAGGUCUGAUGUCAGUGUUAGCUGAUAUCCGUCCUAACAAUGACUUGGGCCAUCCUGUGUGUGCUAACCUGAGACAAGGAGACUGGAUGAUAGACUUUGUGUCUAACAGACUGACACACAAAGAGGGACCACUGGCACAGGUGGGUCAGUGGUUGGCAGCCAUGUUUAACUACCUGAAACACAUCCCACGGUACCUCAUUCCCUGUUACUUUGACGCCAUCCUCGUCUCAGUUUACACCACAGCACUGGAUGCGACUUACAGACUCAUGUCGAGUUUCGUCCAGAAUGGCUCCACCUUUGUUCGUCACCUGGCGCUGGGCUCAGUUCAGAUGUGUGGAGUUGGACGCUUCCCCGCCCUUCCUCCUCUCUCCAUGAAAUUAGAGGAUGUUCCCUACCGCAUCAGUCCAGUCACAGGCCUGAAGGAGCAGCGCUGUGUGUCAUUGGCUGCAGGGCUUCCUCAUUUCUCCUCUGGGAUUUUCCGUUGCUGGGGCAGAGACACUUUUAUCGCUCUCAGAGGACUGAUGCUGCUCACUGGGAGACACACUGAGGCUCGUAACAUCAUCCUGGCCUUUGCCGGGACAUUGCGUCACGGUUUAAUCCCCAACCUGCUGGGUGAGGGCCGCUGUGCCAGAUACAACUGCCGUGAUGCUGUGUGGUGGUGGCUGCAGUGCAUCCAGGACUACACUGCCCAAGUUCCCCAAGGACAUGAAAUCCUCCGCUGCCCAGUUACACGCAUGUACCCUACUGAUGACUGUGAACCCUGCAAACCCGGAGAGGUGGAGCAGCCUCUGUAUGAUGUGAUCCAGGAGGCUCUGCAACGACACCUCGAGGGGAUUUCCUUCAGAGAGAGAAAUGCUGGGCCCAAGAUAGACAUGAACAUGAGAGAUGAAGGGUUCAGUGUGGUUGCUAAGGUGGACCCAGCAACAGGCUUUGUCACUGGAGGGAACCGCUUUAACUGCGGCACAUGGAUGGACAAAAUGGGAGAGAGUGAGAGAGCAAGGAACAAAGGCAUGCCCGCAACUCCUGGAGAUGGAGCGGCAGUGGAGAUAGUUGGUCUCAGUAAGUCAGCUGUUCGCUGGGUUGUGGACCUCCAUGCCAAAGGACUGUUCCCUUAUGAUGGAGCUAAAGUUCACAGAGAUGGUAAAAAGCAGUUUAUCUCCUACUCCCAGUGGAACCAGCAGCUCCAACAGUCAUUUGAAGCAGGUUUCUGGGUGUCUGGGGACCCAGAGGACCCCAAUGAGAAGCACCCUGAUCUGGUGCACAAAAAGGGAGUCUAUAAAGACAGCUAUGGAGCCUCCAGCCCCUGGUGUGACUAUCAGCUGAGACCCAACUUCACUAUUGCCAUGGUGGUGGCUCCAGAGCUGUUCACAGUAAAGAGAGCCUGGCAGGCUUUGGAGGUGGCUGAGAAAAAACUACUGGGACCACUGGGAAUGAAAACUCUUGACCCAGAUGACAUGGUGUACUGUGGGGUCUAUGACAACUCACUGGACAACGACAACUACAACCUGGCUAAAGGUUUCAACUACCACCAAGGCCCGGAGUGGCUGUGGCCAGUAGGCUACUUCCUGCGUGCUAAACUCUACUUUGCUAAGAAGCUGGGAGAGGAGGCCUAUGCCAAAACAAUGACCCUGGUCAAAAAUGUUCUGUCCCGACAUUACACCCACCUGGAGAGGUCUCCAUGGAAGGGCCUGCCAGAACUGACCAAUGAGAAUGGCCAGUACUGCUCAUUCAGCUGUGAGACCCAGGCGUGGUCACUGGCCACUGUGCUGGAGGUCCUCUAUGACCUCCAGGUGACCUCAGAAUAGAGCCUGUCCCCUGAAGUCGUGCUCUCUGCUGUAGCUUAGAAACUCAUAGUCCUCCGGGCUGAAGAGGCAGGUCAACGAAACUAAAUCCCCAGGUUCUGUCUCAUUAUACUAAGUCACCUGUGAACAUCACUUCCUGUGAUGUUCACAGUUUCCAUGUAUGAAUUAGACAUUAUUUUGACUUUACUUCUGGUUCAGUUUAACAGCUCUCAGUAAUGCUUUUUUUUUUUUGAGUUCAUGCUUUCUCACCCAAAUAUUUUCCCCUGAAACCUGAAAUGAACUGUUAAUUUCCAUAGAAGCCUUUUACUUACCCUCUUCCUCAUAUGCAGCAACAGAGCUGAUAGAGCUCCUACUCAGAAACUGCUUUGGUCACACUGCUGGUCUGUACUAAUAUCGAGGGGACUUGCUCAUAAAACACAACAGAACGAAACUUAAGAGCAGGCAGUUACUGCACGUUUCUUUUCCUGCUACUAAACCAUUAUCCCAAAACAUAUACAUUAACAAACCACAAGCUAAACUGUUUCAUAAUUACAUCAAGACUUGUAAUAGUGAUUGUUUUCUCAAGUAUGAAGUUAGAAUUUCUGGCCCAUUGUAAGAAGAUCUGUGGCUUUAUUUAGCUGAAGAACCGGAAGGUAGUAUACCUAAAAACAUUUUGGUAUGUGGCGGCUGGAUUCAACCUGUGAUGAAAGAGAAUAUGUAAUACCUUUAAUGAACUGAAGUGGUUUCAGCCCAGCUGUGGUACGAAUCAGAUAUCGCUGUGUAUCAAAGCACUUUGACCCCACAGCCGCCAGUUUAACAACAAACCAACCACGUCCUCUUUCAGUGGGAGCAGGUGUUAUGGGAGACCAGUCCUUGUGCCCCUCUUCCAGACAAGCAGAUAUCCUGUAGAAAUGGUCUUCCAGCUGUUUGCCAUUUCACCAGUUCACUAUUACUCUGGCAUUCUAUGCCACCAGUUUUAGGAGAGUGUCACCUGGUGUAAUGAACACAGCACUGUCCUAUGCUAUGUCUGUAAAGUACAUUACUAAGAUAUCCUACUGUUGCUUCAAGUAAAAUUACUGGUCUAAAAUCAAGGGGUUAUGUUGAAGAGCAGUUGCUUGGAGAUUUCUGUUGCACUUUAGUUGUUGCUCAGUGCCGGUGGAGAACCAGCAUUUGUUUGUGAAGUUACUGAUUUAAUGUAGAGCGAGGCAGCGAGGGUUAAAGUUGGAUACGAACAAACUGAUCCGGUGCUAACACAAACUCAGUGAAUUGAAACUGUAUUGUUUUAUCAAACUGUAUUAAAGGAUUUACUGGAUAAAUAAUGGACACUUAAGGAUGUACCCCCACCCCUGACUGUCACUUGCAUACACGUCAUCUAUCUGUGAUCUGUGCUGUUUACCCUGGUGUAACUGUUGCCAUAGACAGAGCUAUACUGAAUAAACUUACGUGACUG